UUGUGCAUUGAAAAAAAAAAGUAAUUUUAUUUUAAAAUGUUGAGUUCGAACGUGUAAUUCGAUUGCCAGUGACAGUUCUAAGUUUAAAAAGUGAAUAAAAAUCGAACAAGUAAAAAUGGCGCGUUUUUUGACGUUUACUUAUUUGUUUUUUGUGAUGAUAAUUUACGUUAAAACGAGAAGUGUACAUAAAAGUAAUUCAGAAACUCCUGUAUUUGACGAAAAGAAUAAGGAUCAUUGGAAUAUGCAAGCACAAUGGAUAUUACAAACAAAGUUAUCCAAUCACUUAAACACGAAAGUAGCAAAGAACGUGAUCCUGUUUCUCGGAGACGGGAUGAGCAUUACCACCCUGGCUGCCACCAGGGUGUACCUGGGUCAGAAGUAUGGACACCUGGGUGAAGAACUUAAGCUGAGCUUCGAAGCUUUUCCUUAUACGGGUUUAUCUAAGACUUACUGCGUAGAUAGUAAUGUCGCUGAUUCUGCGUGUAGUGGCACUGCUUACCUCUCAGGGAUAAAGGCCAACAGUGGGACUGUGGGACUCAGUGCGGCUGUCAAACGUGGGGAUUGUAAGGGACAGAGAGAUGGCCUGCAUUCUGUUACUGGUCUUAUGGACUGGGCCCAAAAAGCUGGGAAAGGAACCGGCCUUGUAACCACAACGAGAGUGACACAUGCUACUCCAGCGGCAGCAUACGCUCACUCAGCAGACAGGAGAUGGGAGACUGAUAAUGAACUGCCGAAGAAAGGACUUCGUUGUGAGGAUAUCGCUACCCAGAUGGUGAAGGGACAAGUUGGCAGUAAAAUUGAUGUCAUACUAGGAGGAGGGCGCAGAAACUUCUUCCCCAAAACUCAGACUGAUCCUGAAGGGUACCGUGGCUGCAGAAGUGAUGGCGUAGACCUCAUAAGAGAGUGGAAGAAACGAAAGGAAGCCCUGGGAGUCUUUCCUAGAUUUGUGUACAAUAAAGAAGGACUCUUGAACUUAGAUGAUUCCCUAUAUCAUAGUGUUUUAGGCCUAUUUUCCCCUGACCAUAUGCCCUAUCAUUUGGAAGCGGGCGAUGAUGACCCAACUCUAACUGAAAUGACUCAGAAAGCUAUACUAAUGCUGAAGAAGAAGAAGAAUGGGUUUUUCUUGUUUGUUGAAGGAGGAAGAAUAGACACAGCUCACCAUGAGACUAAAGCACGUAAAGCGCUAGAUGAGACCGCUGAAUUUGCUAAAGCGGUUGAAGCGGCUUUAAGACUAGUGGACUUACAGGAGACGCUAGUCGUAGUAACUUCUGACCAUAGCCAUACUAUGACGUAUAGUGGGUAUAGUAAGAGAGGUUCUGACAUUUUAGGACUGGUUAAUAGGAAUAAUGCAUCGGAUAAUUUGCCGUAUGCUACCCUGAGUUAUGCCAAUGGACCAGGAUACAAGGAGGCUGGCAGGUUCCACCGGUACAAUCUAGCGAAGGAUGACUUCAAUGACGUAAACUACACAUACCCGUCUUUAGUGCCGAUAAAUCGGGAGACUCAUGGAGGAGAAGAUGUUGCAGUCUUCGCAAGAGGACCCUGGUCACAUCUUUUUACAGGCAGUUUUGAGCAAAAUUUUCUACCUCAUGCCAUAGCAUACGCCUCAUGUAUAGGCCCUGGACUCACUACCUGUAAAUCAAAAUCUAGAUCACCGUAAAUAUUAAAUUUUUUUAGUAAAAUUCCCAGCCCCGAACUCGGAACAAUGUUGAAGUUUUUCCGAGUUUGGGUGUCGUUCCACCUAAUUUUUCUUACUUUGGGUGUAACGUUUCCGACUUUGGGUAUAAUGUUUGGGUAUGUUAUACCCAAACUCGGAAUUAUUUUGUUGUUGUUUGUAGGAUAUUUGUGCUAAAAGAUAAAUUUUCUUAUUAUGAUGCUGGAUCAUUAUUAUCGACUAUUAUUAUUUGUAUGAUGAUAUAUUGUUUCAAGACGUUUUUAAUUUUUGACCUAUUGUGACAUUAAUUAUGUUCAGGUUAACGACAUUUUAUCUGAACAUUUUAGUAGUCUAAGGUUGAUGCUGAAUAUUAAUCAGUUGACCUUAUUAAGAUUCAGUGCGUUUGAGGCGUUUAAGCUAAUGAGUGGAACAAUUGCAACAAACUUUUCAAGCACCCAUUAUGGAUACUUUCUAGACUUCAUUAUGGAUUUAUAAAUCUUACUAUCUGAUUUUACUCUCAGCCUAAAUGGACUAUUAUAAUAAAAGGUUCUUGUUAAUCACCCAUCUUUAAAUCGACCUUGGUCAGCAUGGCUUAACAUAAAAUGCGGUUGGGCCGCACUGUAAUUUACUCACAAGUCUAUCUUUUAAUGAUAUCUAAAGUUCGAAUAAGACUAUUAAUGAACGAAGCAAUUUAUUUCUUUCCUUUUAAAAUACAAUUUUCCGGUUUUCCCUACUUUUUAGUAGACACUUCCUCAGACCGACCGCUACCAAUCAUUCUGAAGAAAAAAAUGUAAAGGAAUUUAAUCCUUAUUAUUUGAUUAUGCUAAUGCGAUUUCUCGCAAUUUUAGAAUACAUUUUUCGAUUAAAUUCAAGCAAUUUUGAACUUUAUCAACAAAUUAUUACAGAGCCUUAUCGCAAAACGUAUCUGAUUUAUAUAAUAUUUACAUUCAAAAUAGAGCUUUAUUUAAUUUCUAUUGUGGUUUGAAAUCGUUUGCUUUAGGUGUAUUG